GCACCGCCCACUGUCACUGGGAAGCAGACUCACACUGAGCCCAGAUCGUGUGCGCACCGCCGGGCUCCGGGAAUGCGAAGCGAUGGCAUCGUCGGCCAGCGAGGAGAAAGCUUUCCGGAGGUUCCUGGAGCUGCUAUUGCGGGAAUUCCGGGGGCCCUUGGGCGAAGACGACCCGCCGCCACUCCGGCCUGUCUCCAACCACAUCACGGAAGACGAGGUGGAGGGAGAGUGCCUAGACCUGUGCCUCCAGCAUCUCUGCAGAUAUAAUGCCCCCUUCUCAUUGGCUGCAGCGUUGGCAAGGGCAACAACAAAUGAAAUCCUUCAGAGUGACCUUUCUCUUCUUCAUUAUGUGCCGAAGCUCUUGGAUGGCACCGAUGGGAUUACACAGUUUGACUCAACGAAGCUAGCCCGAAUGGUGUUCACCAAGCUCCACAUGGUCUGCUGCAGCUGGGUGAAGGACCUGCCUUUAACAAGAAGAUCACAUCCCUAUUUCGAAACAUCAAUUCAUGCCAUCAAAAACAUGCGCAGGAAAAUGGAGGAUAAACAUGUUUGCCUGCCUGAUUUCAAUACUCUCUUUAAUCUAGAGGACCAGGAAGAACAAUCAUUUUUUGCUGUGUUUGAUGGACAUGGAGGGGUGGACGCUGCAAUUUAUGCCUCCAUCCACCUUCAUGUGAACCUGGCCCGUCAGGAAAUCUUCCAGCAUGACCCUGCUGAGGCCUUGUGUCGUGCCUUUCGUCUCACGGACGAACGAUUUGUCCAGAAGGCUGCCAGAGAGAACAUGCGGUGUGGCUCAACUGGAGUGGUGACCUUUUUGCGGGGCAACAUGCUGCACAUAGCCUGGCUUGGGGACUCCCAGGUAAUGCUGGUCCGAAGAGGCCAGGUCGUGGAACUGAUGAAACCACACAAACCUGAUCGAGAGGAUGAAAAGCAGAGGAUCGAGGCACUCGGAGGCUGCGUGGUCUGGUUCGGGGCCUGGAGAGUUAAUGGAAGCCUUUCCGUCUCCAGAGCGAUCGGGGAUGCUGAACACAAACCAUACAUCUGCGGUGAAGCAGACAGUGACACGCUCAUGCUGGACGGGACCGAGGACUAUCUCAUCCUCGCCUGUGACGGCUUCUACGAUACGAUGGAACCGGAGGAAGCAGUCAAGGUGGUGGCCGACCACCUUAAGGAGAACAACGGUGAUAGUAGCAUGGUGGCGCACAAGUUGGUGGCAUCCGCACGAGACGCUGGUUCCAGCGACAACAUCACCGUCAUCGUGGUCUUCCUGCGGGACCUGAACGCGCCGCUGGAAGAGGAGGAGGCCAACGGAGACUCAAAGUGGUCAGGCAACUCUUUUGACGGGGCACAGGGCGAUGGCAGGGACGAUAAAGAGAAUCAAGGUGACUUCCAAGGACCUCGGACCCAGCCUCUCUAUGGGACUGGCUCAGAGCUCGCCCAAGAUACUCGCGAGGAUUCGCUCACCGAUAGAACUAGUCUGACUUUAGGCCCUCAGGUCAUCCUCCUUUGCGACCAAGGUUCGCAGGGUCAUCAAGCGCUGGCGGCCAGUGCCAAGGACUCCCCUCCUCCACAAUGCAGACCGAAGAGGGCUGAUCCGCCCAGCGUGGAACUGCCGUUCUCAACCUUGCAGGAAAGAGGGGAUUUUGAGCUGGACGAGGCCCAGCCUUGGAAGCCUUCGCUGGCCGGCCAGAGCAAAAGCCGGAGCAGCAGGGCAGAGAGGCCGGCUCCCCUCUGUCCCGCCGCCCAGGAUAAUCCCACCGCGGUCCACAGAGUCUCCUGCGCAGUGAAUCCGCAAGGACAACAAUCAACCCCACCGCCACAGCACGGCGCAUCCCUCCUCACACAGAGACACAGCAGCAAAACCAGCGCUGGGCCAAGCAGUCGGAAUCACAGGGGGGCAACUCACUUGGAAUCACGGCAGAAAAAAGUGGGCAGUAUAUGUCACUUGGGCUGGGCUGGCGUCAGCUGGCACCAGCAGUUGGCAACUAGUUUACGUGGCGUCUGUCUACUGCAACAGUAAAUAAUUAAUGUAGUUCCACCAUUACUAGACCAACACCCCUGCCCCCUUUCCCAGGCUUUUUUUCACUAGAUUACUUACAUUUCAAAUGAAUAGUCAGCACGCUGUCUUAUAUUCCAGCCUAAAAGUAACUUAGCCAUAUCACCCAUAUGAGAGUCUAAUCUGUUUUUCCCCCAAAACAGAGCUGGCUUCACCAUGGUGCCUUUUGUGACUGAGGACACCUCACUGAUAUUGACCAGGGGUAUGAGCAGACCUGGGUCAGAAUGUGAAGUAGAGGAUAUUUAUGUAGAGUCCUCAUUCACAUCAGGCAAGAGGUUCCCUUUGCACUCUUGGAUGGGGAUCAACCCUAGCCAUGCUGACCAUUUGUAAGCCACAAUUUGACCUGCUGGUCAGAUACCACAUGCUGGGCCACCUCAGUGGACAGCUGAAAACCAGCCUCAUUGGUGUUGGACUGGAGUCACAUUUAUGUCAUUUGACAUAUUUUAUUCCUUAAAGGAAACAAUAAAAUAGUUUUUUGUGGCAGCAAUGGUCACCUUCACACAUUUAUUUCCUAUGAAAUGAUUGCAAAUUCUCAAAUUGCCCAAGAUGCGAUUAGAACUUUUACUGUGGAUUAUUGGUCUGGUAAUAACUACAAUAGACAUUUAGUCUUUAAUAUCUUUCUCCCACCCGAAUCUAGUGUUCAGUUUCAUUUUACUAUGGACUAUCUCCAGCUGGUCUGGUGAGUGACUCUCAUGUGACUAUCCCCCACUCCCCAGAACUGGGCAAUCGCCAGGAAACAACUGCAAGGUCAAAGAGACCUUUGCUCAGAUAUUCACUUCUAAAAUUUAGUCACAGUCAAAAAAAACUGGCCUGAGGGAAAAGAUCCAAUUGUGAAAGGGGAAGUGGAGUGGUGAGUUAGUGUGGCAGUGAAUCUUUCUGAAACUGCGGAGCUCAAAGAAGUACAGUAAUCAUGACGCUGUUAGCAUUCAAUAGUGAAAAGUAUUUAAAUGUCUCUUGCUGUAGAUUUCAUUUGAAACUAAUCAAAUCCAUUUUCAAACUAAUUAUUCUCACAUCUAUAAAAGCUUUCCCUCAAGGAUCCUGUAAUAGUUACACAUUGAAUAGAUGUUCUUUAAUAUACAGUAAUAAACUAGUCUUCUGAUCAGGUCAAUUCACACCAAAUAUCAAUAGUAGCAACCCCAUGAAAGCAAUGAGUUCACUGUAAUAGUUAAAAUUUAUCAUGUACCUCCUCAAUAAACUAAAAGUAAUUCUGUAACAUGUAUGAUGCAUUAGUAGUUCUGAUCUGAGUAUAUACCUGUACUGGUACCUGUACCAGUCUGAUUAUUAACUGUGCUAAUACACUGUUCAUAUGCAAUGGAACAUGUGCCACUUUCUGUAGCAGCUCAACUGUGAUCAAUGUACCAGCACUGGCAGCGAGGUCUCACAAUAUAAUUUCACCUGUAUUGGUAACCUUUAGUAAUCCAGCCAUUCAACUGAGCUAUGUCUAACUGUGCAUCUAUCUGGCAUUUGUGGUCUGACUGUAGUUCACUACAGCAUUGAUACUUACAACAGUCUAAUGAUUUACAUGUACAGGUACUCACAAUGGUCUGACACUACCUGUUCGUAUUCCUGUGCUGGUACUUGUAGCAGUCUGAUUACAGAAGUAUCUGCAGGUACUGACUGUGCACCUGUAGCAGCUCAACUGUACUGCUCUAACUGCAUACCUGUUCAGGUACUUGUCAUUCUACAGGGACUAAUCAUACUUGUAUCAGUUUCACUGCAUACCUGCAUUUGAACCUGUGGCAGUUUGACUGUGCUACUUCAAAUGCAGCUUUCCCUGUAGCUGUGGAGGUACUGACUACACUUAUAGCAGCUUGAUAGUACAGUUCAUGUGUACUAGUUCCACACUUUAGAGCAAUCUCGUUUUGUAAAACGCCGUGUUUAAAUUAAUGCAGCUGGUCGUAGCAAGUAGUCUAACUUGGUUUGAAUUUCUGUACCCUUUUUUGCUGCUUGCUCAAGUAACAAACUCGGUUCCAAUCACUAUCAAUAUUUCAUGUUGAGUAUCUUGUAAUUUUUAAAUGGUAUUUCUGGUGAUUAUAAUGUAAAAAUUAUAUAUAUAAAAAUAAUCAUAACUCAACAAUUUCAAGAGGUGAUAAUUGUAAUUAUCUGUUUAAUGCUGUUUUGUCUGUGUACAUUUUGUGUUCUCUGUAAUAUGUGAUGUGUAUUGAAAAUGAUGGAGCACUUUGUAUUAUCAGAAACAAAGUUAACAAGCCUUUAAUGAUUAAAGGAACUGGACCAGUUUGACGAGCCCUUAUUUACUUGCUGGGCUGCAAUGUUGGUGGGGAGGGAUUUUCCACAAUGUGCUACCUCUGGUUUUAAUAUAAAACUGUCACAUGAAAUUUCAGUCACACAAAUAAUAACCACUCUUUCAUUGGCGCAUGGUCCGUAAUUUUAUGGAUAGAAAUCUUGUAACACCUUAUCCAACGGUCUUGGAAGAACAUCGUCACCAUUUAUAAUAACAAGGGACUGCAGAUGCCGGUUUAUGCCAACAAUAGACACAAAAUGCUGGAGUAACUCAACAAGUCAGGCAGCAUCUCUGGAGAAAAUGGAUAUGUGAUGUUUUGGGUCAGGCCCCCUCUUCAGACUCAACCGUCACCAAAGUUUGGGAAACAAUUUGAAGAUGUCAACCACCACCUCAGGACAAUAAAGACCACCCUCCUAUAUCCCAAGAACAAACAAAACAAAUCUAUUAUAAUUUAUUUGCAGAGCUCUCGUGCUGCUGCCACGUGGUAAUUGAUUCCAAGGAAUUUCCUGGAGGUUGUUUAAUUAUAGAAGCCACCAAAGCUGGUUAGCUUCUGUGCUUCUGGAAAGUUUAGUCUGAUUUUAGUAGGUCAUAUUAAAUGCUGGUACCAUCACAAUGAUCUACAUGCCUCAAGACAGCCCAUUUCUAAGGAUUCUCUAAUAAAGAAUUGGUAGAAUAGUCUUGAAUUACAGCUCAAUCAAUUGGAUUAUUGAUAGCUGUAUUUACAUCAAGGGAUAUUAUCCAAUAACCAAUGGCAGCGUUUACAAAUGAAUGCAAAAAUCCCAGGGUAGAGUUCCUGUUUGUCAUGAUCAAGAGGUUGCAGUACUUGAGUCAUGCAGCACGGAAACAGGCCCUUUGGCACAACGCCCCAUGCUGACCACUGUCCUUAUACCCAUGUCCUGUUUUAUUUUCAACUCUUCUGGGCAAAAAGACUACAUUCACCCUAUUUAUUCCACUCAUUAUUUUUAUACUCUUCUGUAAGAAGCCUCCUGAUCUCCAAGGAAUGAAGCCUCAGCAUGCCCAACCAUUGCCUCGAGUCUUGGAAACAUCCUUGUAAAUCUUCUCUAAAUCUUUCCAGCUUAAAUACAUCUUCCUAUUACAGGGUUUACUUCAGCGUUUCUCAACCUUUUUACCCUUGCGGAACCCUUGAAAUAAUACUUGUGUCUCAGGGAACCCUUACAUAAAAAAUUACUGAAUAACAUGGGUGAAUGAGGGACUGUACCUGCAUCCAGGAAGCACAGACAGGACUGAUGGAGACCGUGCAUGUGUCUGUACUCGAGUGAGUCACUUGAUGAUACACAAACUCGUCACGUGCAGCUCCUCUCCACUGACCACUGAAGGCCGUUUCACAUUGGCGCCGUAUAAAUGUCGCUAAAUAUAUUCCCGAUGAUUAUUAUAUUUUUAAAUGAUAUAACAGGUUGAAGACUUUAUUAUAAUACCCAAGAAUUUUCCAAGAAUAUGCCGUACGUGUAUGAUAACAUUUUCGAAUGUGAAAUUAAACACAAAAAUGACUCAAAUGCAUUUGCAUAUGAUUAGCCUAUUUAUCACUAUUCCUCUCGGAACCCCUAGCUACCUGUUGCGGAAUCCUAGCGUUCCAUGGAACCCCGGUUGAGAAACGCUGGUUUACUUGAUUUACUCUUCAGGUUUCUACUAAAAUUUACUUGCAUAACCACAAAUAUAAAAUCUUUGGACUAAAAUACCAAGUUGGUGUAAACUGUUUGGCACAACUAUUGAGGCCGUGUCGCUCAAUAAAAACAGGUCAAGGCUUUUAAGAAAAAAAGCCUUGCAGCUCCACAGACCCAGGUUUAACCCCGACUACAGGUGGCAAUAAUAAACAAAAGGUGCAGAAGUAGGAGUAGGCCAUUCAAUGUGAUCAUGGCUGAUCAUCCACAAUCUGUACCCCAUUCCUGCCUUCACUCCAUAUCCCUUAACUCUGCUAUCCCUAAGAGCUCUAUCUAACUCUCUUGAAAGCAUCCAGAGAACCACAACUGUGUGAAAAAGAGACUCUCUGUUGCUACAGAGUUUGUACAUUCUCCUCGUGACAGUGUGGGUUUUCUCUGGGGUUCCAGUUUACUCCCACAUCCCAAAGACGUGCAGGUUUGUAGGUUAACUGGCUCAUGUAAUUUGUCCCUGGUGUGUAGGAUAGAACUAGUGUUCAUGCGCAGACUCAUUGGGCUGAAGGGCCUUUUCCCACACUGUAUCCCUAACUAGUGCAUAAACAGUUAUAAAAACAAUGUUUUUGCCCCUUUCCAUUUAAAGCUUAAAGCGGUAACCAGAUGUUUUAUAAAAACAGCUGAAAAAUGGUUUAACUCUCCAAAAUACAUCCCAAAAUGUAUCCUUUCUAUCACCUUAACAUGCCAAAUUAUUUUGAGUACCUUUGUCAACCUCAUAACAAAUUAAAUGUUUUAUAAUUAAAAUACUUUAAUAAAAUGUUCCUUCUCUAGUCUGACUUUACAAAGGGCAUAAUUUGAAAGCCUUGUAGGAUUCAAUAAUGCUGACAUGAGCGGAUAAAUCUGCUUGUGCCCACAGAUGCAGACUCCAAGGAAUAAAAUGGAAUAGAACAUUACAGCACAGGCCCUUCAGCCCAGUAUCUGUGCCUAAACAUGAUGCCAAGUUAAACUAAUGUCUGCUGCAUGUGAUCCACAUCCCUCCAUUCCCUGCAUAUCCACGAGCCCAUCUAAAGCUUCUUAAACAUCACUACUGCAUCUGCCUCCACCACCACUCAGCAUGUUCCUUGAAGGUUUCGGGGAGGUUUAAGACUCCACCAGCCAGCUAACACUAGGCACACACACACUGAAAAAUUUAAGGUGUGAAAUGAACAAGAGAAAAAUUUAAAAAGGUAAUAAUUAUGGAUGAUACAUGUUAAAAUAGAACUGUUCUGUCCCAUGCAAGGUUACUGCCAAACGUAACUGUCAGGUGGGAGAUCAAUGCUAUAUAAUUUCCACCCAUUAAAUUAUACAUAAUGACAUUCAAUUGCUCUUCUGCUUUAAAUACGAGUCAUCACCAGCAAGGUGACUCACAGAUUUCAGACUGCAGCAAUAGGUUUAAAAUAAAAUCAGCUGGCAUCAAUUCCUUGGAAGUAAUUAUUUAAAAAAAGUCUGCAAUUCCUAAUAUUCCAGAUAAUAGCUACACAUGAUAAUGAUGAAUGGACAAGGCAACAGGUAGUCCAACAAGGUCACUACCCCAAUUCUGAUAGAUUGGCAGUCAUGGCAAAUACUUUCAUCUGCCUUUUAACCAUUUAAAAAUAACAAGGAAUUUCAAUGCCUUUACUUCCAAGAACACACUUUCCUUCACACCACCUCAAAUUGUCUUUUUUUU